AUGGUUUCUUAUUUAAAAGUUUCUAGUUUAAUUGCUUUAGCUGCUUCUUUACAAACUGUCGUUGCUGCUCCUCCAGCUUGUUUAUUGGCUUGUGUAGCUCAAGUUGAAAAGGGCUCAUCUUGUUCUGGCUUAAAUGAUAUAAGUUGUGUUUGUUCUAGUGAAGGUUCUGCUGUUGAACAAUGUUUAAACAGUAUUUGUCCAAAUGGUGAUGCUUCUGCUGCUAUUUCUGCCUUUGAAAGCAGUUGUCAAGGUUACAGCUUGAACUUAUCUUCUUCAUCAUCUUCAUCUUCUUCAUCCACUUCUUCUUCAUCAAGCAGUUCAUCAUCUUCAUCAUCUUCUUCUUCUACUUCCACUACUUCAUCCUCCUCCUCUUCUUCAUCUACCUCCACUACUUCCACUACUUCUUCAAGUACCGCUGCUGCUUCUUCUUCAAUUAUUCCAUUCGAACUUGUUUCUCCAAGUUCCACUGAAGCUGUUCCAUCAUCAACUACUACUUCUUCAGCUCCAGCCACUACUUCUUCCACCUUAGCUACUUCUUCCACCACUAGUGCUGCUCCAUCUAGUACUGCUGCUGUCUCUACUCAAAGUGCUGGUGCCGAUGCUAAGCAAUUAUCUUACGCUGCUUUAGUCGGUUUAGUUGGUUUUGCUUUCUUAUAA